UGCGAUGGAAGGAAAGGAUGCGGAGGCUGCACACAGCCCUGGGUUUGCAGGCAUGUGGAAGUUGUUGAAAUAGGUAAAGGGUUGAAAUUGGCAUUUGGAAAAUGGUGGCUAUUUUUUUUAGUUACUUAUACCACAGAAGAAUAUAGGGAAAAGCUGGGCCACAAAGAAUUUUUCCUGUUUUGCAGUUUGCUGACAGCAGAAGGUAAAACAUGUCCUUGAAGAUACACAAUUUUACAUAAACAGCUGAUGUUUACAUAAGCCUAGAUAAGUUUGUGAAAAACGCAGAUAGCAAAAGAUGCGGUGUUAGCUGAACUCCGCUAUCCUGCUCUCUGUCCAUGCAAUAAUUUAUCAUUUUUUUGUAUUGUUGCAGUGUAAGAACAAAGUGAACAGCUGCACCUUCACCAAAGCAACCACCUGCGUUCCUCUUCUCCUCUGGAAUGGACAAUGGGAUGGUCUCUGACUUUAUCAUGAUCAAAAACUUCUUCCUCUUCUGCGUUUCCAUGAGUUUAGCCAGCCACUUUGGCUUUUCACAAACGCCAACACCAUCAGUAAAAGAGGAGGCCAAUGAUAACAUCACGAUAUUCACCAGGAUCUUGGACGGUCUGCUGGACGGCUACGACAACAGACUGCGCCCAGGACUGGGAGAGAGAAUAACUCAGGUGAAAACAGACAUCUAUGUUACCAGUUUUGGUCCCGUGUCAGACACAGAAAUGGAAUACACCAUUGACGUUUUUUUCCGACAAAGCUGGAAGGAUGAAAGGCUGCGAUUCAAAGGACCUAUGCAACGCCUCCCUCUUAACAACUUGCUCGCCAGCAAGAUUUGGACCCCAGACACUUUUUUCCACAAUGGCAAGAAGUCUAUUGCUCACAACAUGACAACCCCAAACAAACUCCUGCGCCUGGAGGACGAUGGCACUCUGCUGUAUACCAUGAGAUUGACCAUCUCUGCUGAAUGUCCCAUGCAGCUUGAAGAUUUUCCCAUGGAUGCACAUGCUUGCCCAUUAAAAUUUGGAAGCUAUGCUUACCCCAAUUCUGAAGUGAUCUAUGUGUGGACUAACAGCACCACAACGUCUGUGGUGGUGGCCGAAGAUGGCUCACGACUUAACCAGUACCACCUGAUGGGACAAACUGUGGGCACGGAAAACAUCAGUACCAGUACAGGUGAAUAUACUAUCAUGACAGCCCAUUUUCAUCUGAAAAGAAAAAUUGGAUAUUUUGUCAUUCAAACAUACCUUCCUUGUAUUAUGACUGUGAUCUUAUCACAAGUGUCGUUUUGGCUAAACAGAGAAUCUGUCCCAGCUAGAACUGUCUUUGGAGUAACAACAGUCCUCACCAUGACCACCUUAAGUAUCAGUGCCCGUAACUCUUUGCCAAAAGUGGCCUACGCUACUGCAAUGGACUGGUUUAUAGCUGUUUGCUACGCCUUUGUAUUUUCAGCAUUGAUUGAAUUUGCAACAGUCAACUAUUUCACCAAGAGGAGCUGGGCAUGGGAUGGCAAAAAAGCCCAGGAAGCUGCAAAAAUCAAGAAAAAAGAGCGCAACUUGCUGGGAAAUAAACCAACUAAUACUUACAGCACCGGGAAGAUGACUCCUGCACCAAACAUGCCAAAGGACUCAACCCCAUCUGUCAUCUCAAACACUACAUCUGCUCCAGUGAAGCCUGCAGAAGAAAAGCCUGCUGAAAGCAAAAAGACUUACAACAGCAUCAGUAAGAUUGACAAAAUGUCCAGGAUAAUUUUUCCAGUGCUGUUUGGAACUUUUAACUUAGUUUACUGGGCCACGUAUUUGAAUAGGGAGCCUGUUAUUAAAGGUGCCAAUUCUCCAAAAUAAACUGAAGUACUCUGGAGCCACAUGUGAGCCAUACUUGCGAAGCAGAUGCUACCAAGGAAAAUUUGAGAUCCAGAUGACUUUCUACGUUUGGGCAAUAUUCUUCAGGAAGUUUUUUUGCAUGUUUAAUAAUAUGUACAAAUAAUAUUGCCUUGAUUGUUUCUACAUGUAACCUCAGAUGUUUUGGAGACAAUUAUAUUACUUACAGCAACAGAUCUUUAUAAAAGAUCAGAAGACAUUGAACAUGGCUUCUUUGCUGCUGAGUAUCUUGCAUUGAUAGUUUACAAAUAAAAUAAGUUAUAUUUUUUAACUGUUCAAGUGUACUACAUAUCGUGGUUUUUAUACUUCAGAUGUACAGUCAUACAAAUAUGGGCUUAACCUAUAUUUUACAGAAGAGCUCCACUAUUGUCAUCUGAUAAGUUACUGAGUAACGCCAGUUGUAAAUGUGCCAAAUUAUUAAAUGUAGGGCUAUGUUUGAGCACCUUUACUAGUUACAGGUAGUGCAUUACUCCAUGGACAAAACUGCUCAGCCCAAUUUUCAUUGGAAGUUUAAUACAAUGCAGUAAAUCCUAAUGGGACUAUGAUGAUUUUCACUGCUUUAGACUCUAGUUUGCAGUGAAAUAAUAUAGGGAGCAGGAUGCUACUUAUGUAAAUAAAGAUUGGCAGAAUCUUGCCCUUAAAUGAAAAUACGAAGUUUGUUUGGAUUUUGCAUUCCAAGGAAUUCUCUCUAAUGAUUCUCAGUAUUUAUUCCAAAAAUUAAGAAUUACAUUGCAUGAAAUUAACAUAGAUUAGGAACAUACUUGUGCAAAUAAAACUUCUAAC